GCCGCCACGAGCGGCCCCGGCGUUUGUAUCAUUUAUUCUUCGGGGGUAGUUCGUGCUGCUUUAUCAAAGAGAAAAAACAAGACCGUGAAAGUUUUGUGGUGGCGUUCUAGACCGCGGUUGGCUGUGGUCUACGAAGGGAGCUACGCUAGUGUAGGGAAUAGUGGCCGUACGCGAAGUGCGUUAGUAUCGGCACGAUGUAAGUAACAAGGAGAUGGGUGAGGCAGGCCGAUGAAAAAGGAGAGAAGGGUGGACGAGGGAGUGUAUCCCAAGUUCAACAGUGUGCAGGCGUCAGCAAGCAGCCAGAGCGUCGGAAGCGUGAGUGACUGUCGACAACGCUAUGUAGACACCCGCCCUGGUGCGCACAUGGGUGGGGGUUGGGGGGUGGAGGGGGGUGGAGGGGGGGGGCGCUUGCGGAGUUUCGGGGCGGGGUUGCUAACCACAGGGCGGCGACUGGCGAGACGGGGAAGAAAACGCCUGGCCUGGAGACGGGGGGAUGGGGGUAUAUAUAUAUAUGGCGCGGGCGGGGUUCCGCGACUGCGAAUAUCAGUCGUGGUACGUUCGGGGCGUUUUUGUCUCUUGGGAUUUCCGCAAGGGCGUUGGCGGGGAGGGGUGCGGGUUCGAGUCUUCUCGCCGUGCGACUCGGCCGAGCGCUUUUUUUUUAUCCGGCAGUAGAGAUCACAACGUCUGUCUACGGCAGCGGCAGCAAGAAUCUCGUUGCCGUUGUGUAUGAUUUGCUGCUGCUGCUACACGUCCUCGAAGAUUAUUUGAUGAGUUCGUCGGCGCCGAGGAGGGUAGGGUGUGGGUCCUGUCCGAGAAGAAAUCGCGGGGCUAGGCUAGACAGGAGGAGAGAGGUCGAUAACUUGAGUGUUCUCCACACGCAUCUUCCAGGGAGAGGUUUAUGGUUUUGAGAGAGAGCGAUAACUUUAGCGUUUUCUCCACAUAUAUCUUCCAGGAAAGGGUUUAUGGUUUGUUGUUUGCUUGGUGGUGGUGUUGGCUGUUGUGCCGGCUUGUUCAGCCGUCGGUGUUUUGUGUGUCAAGCAUGUGUUGGGAGGACGGGGGAGCGAUUUUGGAGCACUCUUCUUGCAGGGGAAGAAGGUGAAUCUACAGUAGUUUGCUGGUCGUGGCCUAGGGAUCUUAGCCCUGCCCACCUGACAGGAUACUGUAUUAUAGCAUGGGCAUAUGUGGUCGUGCUAUCAUUAUCAUAAUACGUACCGU